CAGAUGAAGCCCUUUAUCUACUGACCCAGAGUCAGAUGAAGCCCUUUAUCUACUGACCCAGAGUCAGAUGAAGCCCUUCAUCUACUGGCCCAGUCAGAUGAACUUGUGGGAAACAUUUGUGGUGACAGAAAUUAACUGAGGUUCAAGGUAAUUAAGUAAGAUGACGUAUAGUUAGUCUUCAAGGUACUAAACUGAGUGAUUGUGUGAAGAAGAUACAAUGAAGAAAACAUUGUGCCAGUAAAUCUGAAUUAGAACAGCGUGUCGUACAAGUUCCUCUUUCUGGUCCUCUGUCUAAACCAAAUGUUGAAGGCAGAGUGCCAAAAGAGCUUCUGGGUAGGGGCAGCAUCCUGUUGUUGAGAUAGAAGUCACGACAACAGCUCAGCAUUAGGGUUGACAACUGAGAUGUGUCAGUUCUCAGAAACAUCUUCCGAGAACUGAAACCACAUCCUGACCACACCGAGAGUUUCACCUGACAGCUGAGCAGCAUGUUUUAGUUUAAACCCUGAUAUGUGCCUUUUGCAAACUGCUUGUGUAAGAUGGUGACACUUGAAUCUCAUGUAAAAGAGUGUCUAUAUAAGAGAGCUGUUGUUCCUGAAUCAUUGGUCUCUCUACCAUGCACCCUGAGUGAUGGUUGACCUCAUGUCUCCACAUAUUAAUACAGCUGUUGUUGAAAGAUUCUUCAGUCUCUCCCCUUUCUGGGUAGAAUUUCCACGACAGUUUUAUGUCUCUGCGUGCAGUUUUUAAGAGAUUGCCCAGUGAUUAUACUCUGAGGAGAGCUAGGCAUUUUUUUUAGCAUUUUGAAUUCCUUUCAAAAGUGAUUUGUGAAACAUUUAUUUUUAACAAAACCCAUGACAUUGUCACGGGUGUCGUUGGGUAGAGAUGACCAAUACGCAGCAGGAAUGUGGAUGCUCAUCUUGAAUAUUUAUUAAACAAAGAGAGCACGGAAAAAAUAACAAAAACGACAGAAGACGGUUUAACAGGCUAUACUAACAACAGCAGUGCUAAAGACAACUGCUGAAUGAAUGAUGAACAGCUGUUCCUGAUCGAGAGCCACACAGACUACAAAGAAAUAUACAAACUAGAACACCAUAGAAAACUAACACUAGAACAAUUACUCAAAAACCCUGGACUACCUAAACCAAACACCCCUACAAUAUUCACACUCAAUCUAAACCACACAAAACAAAUAUCCUUCUGCCACGUCCUGACCAAAUAUUAAUACAAUUACUCCCUCUGCUGGUUAGGACGUGACAGACAUUUUCUUAUUAAACCAGUUCUUUGCCUCCAGUGUCCUGGUGAGGGCCUUAAAUAUGGGCAGAAAUUACUACAUACAAAUACAAAAUACCAUAAAGAUCAAUGUAUCAAAAAUAAACUACUAAAUACUUGUAUUUUGUAAUGUAUAUAAUUACAUGUAAUGUAUUUAAUUUUAUGUACAAAAUACAUUUGGAAGUGUCCGGCCCGAACAGCAACAACAUUCUCAGUAACGGAUACAAAACCUAUUUUCUUGCUUGUUGACAGUGAUACUGUAUGUUGUUAUAUACCUUAGUUGAGCAAGUCACUCUGAAGAAGAUAAAUGACUAAAAUGGAAAUGUAUAUGUGAAAAUUAACAUAACAAAUGAACUGCAAAGCACACUGGAUAUUAUUAUUGGUCUUGUUUCGGGACAGAGCUCAUUAGAAUAAUACUCAGCAUGCUUUGCAUAUUAUUAAUUUUACAUUUACAUUUAAAUAAUUUAGCAGACACUCUUAUCCAGAGAGUCUUUCAAUUAGUGCAGUCAUCUUAAGACAGCCAGGUGACAAAACUAUAUAUUACAAUCGUAUCAAGUACAUUUCCCCUAAACAAAGUAUUUCUAAUUUAUGUCAAGUAGGAAGACACUUCCUGUAGAUACAGAGUACACAGUCAAGUAGGAAGACACUUCCUGGAGAUACAGAGUACACAGUCAAGUAGGAAGCCACUCCCUUUCCUCUGGUGUAGAGUUCAAUGAAACAGAAAGUCAUCAUUCACACUGAACAGAAAGUCAUCUUUCACACUGAACAGAAAGUCAUCUUUCACACUGCCAUUGCUUAAAUAACCUACGGGAGAGAGAACCAAAAUGGCAGAGAAUCAGGAACUGUUCUUUUGCUCCAUCUGUCUGGAUCUACUGAAGGAUCCGGUGACUACUGCCUGUGGACACAGUUACUGUAUGGACUGUAUUAAAGAAAGCUGGGAUCAGGAUCGCCUGAAAGGCUUUUACAGCUGUCCACAGUGCAGACAGACCUUUAUCCCAAGGCCUGUUCUGAACAGGAGCACUGUGCUGGCUGAGGUGGUGGAGAAACUGAAGAAGACAAGACUCCAGGCUGCUCCCCCUCCUGCUCUGUGCUAUGCUGGACCUGGAGAUGUGGCAUGUGAUUCCUGCACUGGGACCAGAAAGCAGAAAGCCCUCAUGUCCUGUCUGGCGUGUCUGGCCUCUUACUGUGAGACUCACCUCCAACCUCACUACGAAUCUCCUGCUUUCAAGAAGCACAAGCUGGUCAAAGCCACCGCACAACUACAGGAGAAGAUCUGCUCUCAUCAUGACAAACUGCUGGAGGUUUACUGUCGUACCGAUCAGCAGUGUAUCUGUCUGCUGUGUACAAUGGAUGAACAUAAAGGCCAUGAUACAGUGUCAGCUGCAGCAGAGAGGACUGAGAAACAGAGGCAGCUGGGGAUGAAUCAGCAGAAGGUCCAGCAGAGAUUCCAGGAGAGAGAGAAGGAGCUGAAGGAGCUCCAACAGGCUAUGGAGUCUUUCAAGCGCUCUGCACAGGUAGCAGUGGAGGACAGUGAUCAGAUCUUUACUGAGCUGAUCCGCUCCAUUGAGAGUAGGAGCUCUGAGGUGAAGGAGCUGAUCAGAGCCCAAGAGAAGGCUCAAGUGAGUCAGGCUGAAGGACUCCUGGAGCAACUGAAGCAGGAGAUAGCUGAGCUGAGGAAGAGAAGCACUGAGCUGGAGCAGCUCUCACACAUAGAGGAUCACAUCCAUUUCCUCCAGAGUUAUCAGUCUCUCUCCAGUAUCAGUGUAUCUUCAGACUUUCCCAGCAUCGUUGUCCGUCCUCUUCAGUACUUUGGAGAUGUGUGUAAGACUGUGUCUGAACUGAGAGAGAAACUAGAAUACUUCCUUAAAGGAGAAUGGACCAAGAUCUCCGCUACAGUGAAUAUAGUGGAUGUUGUACUGCCUCCAGAGCCCAAGACCAGAGAACAGUUGUUACAAUAUUCCUGUCAGCUCACACUGGACCCAAACACAGCACGCACACACCUCUCUCUGUCUAAAGGGAACAGAAAGGUGACCUAUACAGACCAAGUCCAACCAUAUCCUGACCAUCCAGACAGGUUCACCAACUGGUACCAGGUUCUGUGUAGAGAGGGUCUGUCUGGACGCUGUUACUGGGAAGUGGAGUGGAGUGGUUAUGUUGUUACAGCAGUCUCAUAUAAAGACAUCAGCAGAACAGGGUCAGAUGGUGGAUUUGGAAACAAUAACAAGUCCUGGAGUUUACUGUGCUAUAGUGAUGGUUAUUGGUUCAGACACACUAAUGUUGUGACUAAAGUAUCAGGCCCUCAGUCCUCCAGAGUAGGAGUGUACCUGGAUCACAAGGCAGGUACUCUGUCCUUCUACAGUGUCUCUGACACAAUGACCCUCCUCCACAGAGUCCAGACCACAUUCACUCAGCCUCUCUAUCCUGGGUUUAUGCUCACUGGUACUGCUGAGCUGGUUAAACUGUAAUGGGUCCACAUAGAUACUAGUCAUGCUGGUGUAGUCUAUAGCUGAGCUGGUUAAACUGUAGUAGGGUCCACAUAUA